AAAUAUACGUGCGCGCUCCCGCUGUGUAGCGACAAGAUGGCGGUCGCCGCCGGAUCAGGCGUUCAAGUUCCUCGCAAUUUCCGGCUCCUGGAAGAGCUGGAGGAAGGUCAGAAGGGUGUGGGAGAUGGAACAGUGAGCUGGGGUCUGGAGGAUGACGAUGACAUGACUUUAACACGAUGGAGAGGGGUGAUCCUUGGCCCUCCAAGGACAAGCUAUGAAAACAGGAUGUACAAUCUGAAAGUUGAAUGUGGGCCAGGAUACCCAGAAUCACCACCGUUUGUCAGAUUUGUGACGAAGAUAAACUUGAAUGGCGUGCACACCUCCAACGGCGUGGUUGACAUGCAUGCAGUGAAUGCGCUGGCCAAGUGGCAGAACUGCUACAGCAUCCGGAUGGUGCUGCUGGAGCUGCGACGGCUCAUGACGUGCAAGGAGAACAUGAAGCUUCCUCAGCCACCCGAGGGCCAGAUCUACACCAACUGAGCCCCUGCUACUUUUGCCUCCAUCUUUUUCCUCCUCAUUCCCCAACACUCUGUCUCUCUCUCUCUGUUUUGCUUUCAUCCCUUUAUCCCCAUCCUCCGCCAUGUGACAUUCCACCUCCCGCCAACACCUUUGCUGAGCGCAGACACACACAUGCACACACACUCAUACGCAGACAGAAGAAGACUGAAGAACACCAUAGCAGAUACUUAGUCACACACACACACACACACACACACACACACACCCACACACACACACACACUGCAUACGCACACACUUAUUGAGCAGUCAUGAAAGUCAUUCCAGGUCCCGGCCCCUCCCUCUCCCAUCACUGGAGCUCUGGGUGGACUCGAGUCCCCAGUCCACACCAGAUACGAUCAUUCGAAUACUGUACAUCUUACUAAUCUUUUUUUAUUAUUAUUUGUUAAAAAUGCAGAUUGUACAAUAACAUAAAUAAUCUUAUUGAGUGUACCUCUUUGUGUGUUGCCUUUUUGUAUCGUUAAAAACGGCCACUUUACAUUACUUCACAUAGCUCACCAAACGUGUGGUCGCUCUGAGUUAGCAGAUAAUCAACCAUCAAGGUGUGCAUAUAAAACCUAUUGCCCAAAACACAUUUAAUUUGUCAAUAAUUAUUUUUUAUCAUGUGGCCAGAUGAAAUAUUUUUUUCAGUGUUUUGACAUAAGCUUUCCAAGCAGUCCCAUAGUAAAUGCAUGACUGCAGUUCAACAAGAGGGUGUCUUUGUCAUAUGGCUUUUUUUUGUGUGUGUGUGUAAGAUUUUAUCCAAAGUGAACAUUGUGUAUCUAUACCACUAUAUCUAAUCUUCAUAGUAGUAUAGUAUGCAUAUCUACUGUAGGUCUGCAGUUAAACUGUGCUUGAAAAUAGAAGUGAAAUCAGCUACCUCUUUUGGUCCUGUGUACAUUCAAAGCAGUUAUCUAAGUUGUGAAACUGUCUUUACUCCUUCAUGUGACAGACUGUUUUGCUUUCUCCUCUUCCUCCAUAAAUCUAAAUUCAUGCUUUUCAUGCA